AUGAGAAGUCCAGCCAACAUCAAGGAGAUACAAAGAUUGGUAGGGAGGCUAACUGCGUUAUCACGUUUUAUGCCUAAAUUAGCAGAAAGAAUCCAGCGGAUGUUUAGGUUCAUGAAUAAAGCGCAAAAAUUCGUAUGGGAUGAGGCUUGCAAGCAAUCUUUUCAAGCGUUGAAGGAGUAUUUGUCUUCUCCCCCAGUACUACAAAAGCCUAGCAAGGGAAAACCCUUGUUAGUAUAUCUAGCCAUCUCUACCAAUGCUGUUAGCGCGGCCAUUGUACAAGAUCAGGCGGGGGACCAACGACCCGUAUACUUUAUCAGCAAAGCCCUACACGAUGCAGAAUUGCGGUAUCAGACUGUCGAAAAGGUAAUCCUAGCACUUGUGAUAACAACCAGACGAUUGCGACCAUACUUUCAAGGGAACGAGGUAAUAGUCAAAUUUGACUACCCAAUACACAAAGUAUUGAGGCGACCCGACCUCACCGGCCGAAUGGUUGGGUGGUCUGUAGAACUAUCUGAGUAUCAUCUUCGAUGUGAAGCCCGAGGGCCGAUUAAGGGACAAUGCCUGGCAGAUUUUGUCAACGAAUUAACAGGAGAUCCUAACGUACACGAGGAAGGCUGGAUCCUGUUGGUGGAUGGCUCCUCCAACGUGAAGGGCGGGGGCGCUAGAAUUGUUUUGCAAGGACCGAAUGAUUUGCUACUCGAGCAAGCCUUGCGCUUUGGCUUUAAACCCUCGAACAAUCAGGCAAAAUAUGAGGCAUUAAUAGCGGGGUUGACCCUCGCAGCAGACAUGGGAGCAGAUACGGUGACAUGCCAAACUGAUUCUCAGCUGAUAGUAGGACACUUGGAUGACACUUUCCAGGUAAAGGACCCACUCCUAUUACGAUAUUAUCACGUUGUGCAGGGCAUGUUGAACAGAUUCAGAACAACAAGCGUAAAGCAUGUUGAUAGAUCCCAGAAUCCCAGAGCCGACUUGCUCUCGAAGUUGGCGACUACCAAAAUAAAGGGGCAACAUCAUACAGUGAUCCAUGCCACACUCGAUCGUCCUACUGUAACCUUGGUAGAAUGCAAGACUACUGAGACUGUCACACCAGAGGACGAAGAGUGGAUGGCUCCUAUUAUACAAUUAAUUCAACAUGGUGACACAGACGGAAUUGAUUACCCUAUCAUGCGUAGAAAAGCUUCUCGAUUCACUUUGGUUGGUGAAGAAUUGUACAAACGAGGCUUCUCCAACCCUCUGUUAAAAUGCGUCACAAACUGCCGAGCCCAGUAUAUUAUGGAGGAGUUGCACAUGGGGAUUUGUGGCUUACAUUCAGGAUCUCGAACCAUGGCAGCUCGGGUGUUACGAGCAGGAUACUAUUGGCCGACUGUAAAAGAAGACUGCGAGAAGUACGUAAGGAAGUGCGCCUAG